UUUAAUUCAACCAAUAAAAUCUCAAGCAGAGCGAAAUUUAAGUUUAGACAAUAAGUCUUAAUAACUGUCGUUUUGAAAAAUUUCAAACAGGAAAAAAAGGAAAAGAGGAGAGAAGAAGUUUGUAAAUUUUCUACGUUUGUUUCCAAAAUUAUUGGAUGUGCUUGAUAUUGUAAAUCUACGCGUGAAAGGCUGGCUAACUUGUUUUUGUUACCAUUUUCUAAUUUGCAGUUUCUGUAGAAAUUUUAUAUUUUGUUUUGUGGGUAAUCUUGAAUCCGAGUGUCUGUCUAUAAACCAGGUUUUGUAUUGAAGAGAUUCGUGUGUUUUUGGUUAGUGGUUAUUUGAAAAAUCAUGGGAAGGUCUCAAGAUAAGCUUGAAAAGAUGCAGCUCCGGCAGAGUUACCGGAACUUAUGGCAGUCCGAUCUCAUGAGCACCGUGACGGCCGAUACCCCAUAUUGUUGCUUCUCGUGUUUGUGUGGACCUUGUGUUUCAUACUUACUUCGAAAGAGAGCACUUUACAAUGACAUGUCAAGGUACACUUGUUGUGGUGGGUACAUGCCUUGUAGUGGUAAGUGUGGAGAAAGCAAAUGCCCUCAAUUUUGUCUUGCCACUGAGGUUUUCUUGUGUUUUGGAAACUCUGUAGCAUCUACUCGCUUUAUGCUGCAAGAUGAAUUCAACAUCCACACAACACAAUGCGACAAUUGCAUUAUUGGAUUUAUGUUCUGCCUCAACCAAAUCGCUUGCAUUUUCUCUCUUGUCGCCUGCAUUGUUGGAAGUGACGAACUCUCUGAAGCUUCUCAGCUUCUUUCUUGCUUGGCUGAUAUGGUUUAUUGCACGGUCUGCGCGUGUAUGCAGACACAACACAAGAUCGAGAUGGACAAAAGAGACGGUGUCCUUGGUACUCAACCAAUGUCAGUGCCACCGGCUCAGCAAAUGUCUCGCAUUGAUCAACCGAUCCCUCCCUAUGCCGGUUACCCUCCAGCCUCUGGCUAUCCCCAGCCUUACUAUCCACCUCCCGGACAUGGUUACCCUCCUAUGCCAGGCUAUCCACCUCCCGGACAUGGUUACCCUCCUGCUCCAGGCUAUCCACCUCCCGGUCAUGGUUACCCUCCUGCGCCAGGCUAUCCACCUCCCGGUCAUGGUUACCCUCCUGCACCGGACUAUCCCUCAAAGUGAGAAUCUUACCGAAACAGAAAUCUAAAUUUUCAAAUUCUCGUUGUAAUAUCAUCUUUUAAACCGGUCUGCAGAACUUUUAUAUUGCUGAGAUAUUGUCCUGUCCCGUUGUAUGUUAUAUGAUUAUUUUGAAAUAUUUUUGCUGUUUGGUUUAGGCCCAGAAAGCUUCUAUAUACCGUCCGGUUUGUUGUCUCAUCGGUUUCUGUUCUCGUCUUAACUAUUGAACCAUUAACCCUCGAAAACAGUUUACGUAGUUAUUUACUUCGUUCA